AUGGGAUCGUGUAUAUCAACAAUUAAGUCGUUGCAAAUACUAAAGGUUUCAGAAGGCAGUGUAUCACACAAGAACGGAGUUCUUCCAUUUAUACACUCAAUAGUCAGCUUCAAUGGAAAGGCCAUUGAGAGCAAGGACGAUGCACUGGCGAUGAACAAAGAAUGGGAGAGUAAGGCUCUUAAUCUAGAGUUGAUAGACAUGAGGACCAUGGAGACAUCCAUUCUUGAGAUACCAAGGAAAGACAAGACCAGGCUCGGAAUCAGUGUGAAGUUCCAUCAGAGCAUGGCUUCCCUUCUUUCGAUGGAGGUUCUAAGAGUAAAUCCUGGCUCUCCAGCAGAGAAGGCAGGAAUAGUUGUCGGAGACUACAUUCUUGGGAUAGAAAACAUCUAUUCAAAGGACGAGGAUGACUUACUGAGAUUCCUUGAGCUGAACAGAAGGCGGGUUGUUCCGCUCUUGGUCUACAACAAUGAUCUUGAGUAUGUAAGAGUGGUUCCACUCCAAGUCGGUAUGGAUGUACUUUUAGGAUGCCAGAUAGGGAUGGGAGAGCUCUACAAAGUUCCUUUUAGUCCAAGGCGCAGCAAGAUUGAAUUCAACAAUGAGAUCAUUAAGAACGAUGUCAGGAGACUCAGAAGAAAGCUACGUGGAAAAGACAUAAUCAGCAGUAGACUAAGGGACGUUAUGAGUGGAAGUGACGGGUGCUUGGAAUCCAUGUCUAGUACUUAUAUCUGGGAUGCCCAGGAAAAGACGCCUUCUUAUGACUUUAUGAGCUCGAAAUCGAAAGAGUCAUUUCACAGUGAAGCACCUUCUGAAAGUAGACAACCCUUGGAAGGUGUGGAGGAAGUAAACGAGAUUCCUAUGAUACUCCCCGAAGGCCUUACUUAUGAGGUACCUAUGGGAAGGAAAAAAUGCAUAGAAACAAAAAGGAAUGAUCUUUCUAAGGAUAUUGUAAACAUCCUUGAGCAAGGGCAGGACGAUCACUUUGAUUUCGAAAGCAGUCUUUCCUUGGUGAGCAAAGAUGAGGUCUUGGAAAAGAAGGCCGUGAGGGGUCCGAGCUCCAUAAGGAAAGCAGAGAUCAAAAAAGGUUUAGGAUACAUACGCCAGGCUGAAGGUAGUAAUGAUGAAGAGUCCGAGGGUUUUUUGCUUCCUAUAGAAAAAGAUGAUCCUCAUAAAGGUGAGUUUGACGCAAAGAACUUCUUGUCUAGCCUGAGCCUUUCUUUUUAUGGGACCGAGAAUGGCUAUGAUUCGACAGGGCCUCACAAAACCAUGGAAAUAUCUGAGCACGAAGCAGACGGCAAGUGCCCUUUAUGCUCCGAACACCAUCAAGAAGAACGUAGCGAGUUUGCUGAGUCAUCUGAUGAUGAACCAAAGCCUCAGGUUAACAAAACGUCCAAUAUCUUAAAAUUGGAAAUAAGUCAUGAUGCAGAGCCCAGCAAGCAGAAGGAAGGUGGAGAAAUGCUUGGGGGGAUGCCUCUAGAUGUUUUCAAUAAUAUCUCAAAUGAAAGGAAAAGUAAUGUACUCCUAGAACAAUUCAAGAACAUGGAGGAUUUGAGAAGUGUCCAGUCACAUUCAGAAGAAGACAGCUUGGAAACAGCAACCAUUGGGUCUCCUCCAUACAGUGACCCUGGAUCUAUUCUUUGA